AUCUCGCAUUUCGUCUCGCUACUCGUCUCGCGUCCCGUCGCUUCCGAUCACUCCGAGCCUGGCCGUUCGUCCUUUCGCACGUUCAUGCCACGAUCCUGGGGGAUUUGGUUGACGACGAAGAGGAGCAGGACGAGAAGAAGGAGUAAUAUGGUGGGGAUAGUGGGAUUGUAGGAAGAGAACGUUGGGUAGAGGUGGGACGGAGGAACGAAGAGUUCGAAGCGCACGAGCGCUUCAGUCGCCGCUGUAACCUCCGAACUAAAAGGACGUGCGUGCGCGUACCAUCCGGCUUUCUUGCCUUCGCUUCUCGUUCGAUUCGAUGUCGCUGAUCGCACAACAAUCUAAUUUUCUCGCCUACGGAACCCUACAGGGACCUCGAGGCCCUUCGAAAAGUGUACUGAAAAGAGUUAUUAUUAGUGAAAAGAUUAGAAAGAAGAGCUCAAACGGUGUAGGAGCUCAGCCAAGUGAAUAUAUAAAUAAAGAGCGAUUUCGUUCGCCGGAUUCUACUUUGGGAUUUCUACUUUGAAGAAAGAAUUUAUAAAGAAAAGAGAAGAAUAAGAGCGGACAAGAAAGCGAGCGCUCUUAAGCGCUCUUUAAGAUGCUGGCUUCCAACACGAAUCAGUACCUAUGUCCGGAUUAUUUAACUCCUCUACCAACUACGCUAGAUGCAAAGAAGAGUCCUCUCGCUCUGCUCGCACAGACCUGUAGCCAGAUCGGAGCAGAUCCACCAUCAAGCAGAUCUCUAUUGAGCAACUCGGAUAAAUCAUCGAAAUCGUCAAAAUCUAAUCGUGAUCACUCACGCGAGAGAAGUUCACCAUCAAGGCGAACUCCAACGAACGAUGUAAUUGGUAGAUCAAAUUCAAAAAAUUCUCACGAAUCCUUUGGCCGUGAAAAAACCUCCAGUCCGGAAGAUCAGCAACGAUCGGCGUCCAGUCAUUCGACAUCCGCUCGUUCCAGAACACCAGGAAAUAAUAAUAACAAAAGAUGUUCGAGCAAUCAGAGUGCUUCCUCGACCCGUGCAGUGACUCCACAAGGAAGAAAAACAACUACACCGGAAGGUGCCGUAUAUAUUGGCGAAGCAAGUCCAAACGAUGGAAUCUCAACGAGUUCCUCUACUCGAGGACCUCGCCAUGAUAGCCCUACAAUAAGGCCAAAUUCCUACAGCCCUGCCGGAGUAUUAGCUAUGACGGAUCCAUCGAUCAAGGAUCUACCACUCGGUACCUUCAAGCUCGGUCUACCUCCUUCGACAAGUUCAGCUUAUCACUUAGCCUAUGGUGGUUCGCAAUUACCAAUAGACGUUAUGUCAGCUGGUAGCUCGCUAUUGUCUCCGCAUCAGCACGCACUGAAAAGUGGGCUCAUAGGUAACCCAACGAAUCCGUAUCUGGCUUACAGUAGUCGUUUGAAAUCAUCGUCCAGCAGUGGGACCGAUGCAUCGUCCAUAGGUCUUUGUCGGGAUCCCUAUUGCACUGGUUGUCAACUGAACUCUCACCUCUUAGCUGCUGCAGCAGCAGCCGCUAUUGCAGCAACUACCGGAACGAGCGUUCCUCAACAAGCGAGCAUUCAGGCGAACGGUAAACUCUCAACGAGUCCAAUUCCAGCUCCUUCAACAGUUUCUUCUUCUUCGUCUACUUCUUGCCCAUCCGGUUGCGUCCAGUGUGAUCAUAAAUCUGGAUCCGGCUCGCCUUACGGCUCCGGAAUGUCAACGGCUGCUGCAGCUAGCGUCGCAGCGGCUGCCUACGCCCACGCGCAAUUGAGUGCUCUCGCUGCUGCUUCGCAGCUUCCGUAUGUCUGCAACUGGAUGGCUGGUGACACCGUUUACUGUGGCAAACGCUUUGGCACCUCGGAGGAGCUCCUUCAACAUCUCAGAAGCCAUACGAAUGCUUCCGUUUCGAAUUCCGUUAGCACUACCGAUCCUUCCAACGCUGCUGCCGCUGCCGUGGCCACUGCAACGGCACUUUCAAUGCUCUCACCUCCUCUACCACCACCUCCGCCACAUUCUUUAGCCUUACCAUCCACACAUCCUUUUUUUUCAAGAACUUAUCCUACACCACCGCUCAGUCCACUUGCUACGGCACGUUAUCAUCCUUACGGGAAACCCGCACCACCAAUGAUACCUCAUUCACUUUCGUCUCUUGCUUUUCCUUUACCUCCAACCCAUCCCGCUCAUGUAUUACCACCUCCAUCUCAUCCACACCCGCAUUACUUCUCACCGUACUCGCUUUACGCCGCACCAAGGCUUGGUGCGGCAUCCGGACUUCAUCAAUGAGGAGAAAAACAAAGCCAGUUAUUCUCGAGAUUCUGUUUCGACUGAUCGAAAGAGCCCCCGACUGUGAUUUUUUCUCUACAAAGAUGAGCGAGAGAGAAAAAGAGAAAAAGAGAGAGAGAAAGAUUGUAAGAGAUUACAUUUUUGUCUAUUAAAGCCCAAAGACGCGAUUAUGCUUUCUUACCAUGUAUCUAUUAAAUUUUUAAAUGUGUAUGUUUUUCUUGUUCAUUCUCUUUAUCCCUUGUCUCUUUCUGCUUCUCUCUUUCCUCUUUCUCUCUCUCUCUCUCUCUCUCUCUCUCUCUCUCUCUCUCUUUCUCUCUCUCACCCUCACCCUCUCUCUCACUCUCUCUCUUUCUCUCUCUUUUGCUCAUACGCGACCUUUUCUGUACAUUUGUUCAUACAUAUUAUCAUUGUACGCGUUUCUGCGUAUAUUAAAGAGAUCUACGACGACGUAAAAGAAAUACUCAUAAAUUUCUGUGUCCGUCUAUCUUUCGAGAAAAAUAGAAAUUCAUGCGAUCACUGGAUAUAUCGUAUAUACGUAUACAUAUAUAUAUAGGGUGUUUACACUUUGGUGGUACAAUCGGAAAAGGGUUAUACUUACACACAACCUCAUAUUUACACCUACGUCUAAUAUAUUUCACUGCAGUUUUUGUUAUCGUUAAGUAUAUAAAAAUUGUUUAUUGGAAAUGAUUAGCCAUGAUAUCAACGAUAUUCAUAAAUAAAAAUAUAAUAAAAACAAAUCUACGGCAUAGUCAUGUGUAAAUACGUAUAUAUAUAUAUAAGAAUCUUCAACGAAUUGAUUUAUUUGGAAAUGAAACUUUAUACAAAUAAUAUCACUCUCUACAUUUUCUACUUGUUCUUUUCACAUAAAUUUAUUCGCCCACCCUUCUGACUGUACCAAAAUAUUUGAAAUAUCCUAUAUGUGUAUAUAUAUGUAUAUAUGUAUAUAUAAUAUAUAUAUAUACAUAUAUAUAUAAACAUAUAUAUAUAUGUAUGUGUAUACAUAUCUACAUUGUGCCGCAUCUAUUUUUGCGUAACCAAAGUUUUAGUAUAUAUCGCGUGACGCUUUUAACUUGCGUCUUCGAUAUUCUAUUAACUAAGGAAGAAACGAAGAUCGAAUGUUAGAAAAUAUUAUCUGUAAAUAGAUUUAUUAUUCUAGUAUGAUAAAAUUAUAAAACGCGAUCGCAGACAUUGUGAAUGUCGAGAUUCUAUCGCCUAGACAUUAGUAUCUUCGAUGGAUGUGGUGGGAUUUUUGUAUUUUUCAAGUUAUCGUUGUUCUAUGUUAUUUGAUCUCCCAUUGGUACUUUUUAAAAUCGAAAUACGAGGAACUAUUGAGAGAA